AUGACCUCAGGGACGAAGGCUCUUGUCUCGCUGCAGUUUACCUGCGGUCUCCUUGGAGUGUCUCCUAGAGAGCAGCUGAAGUUCUCUCUGUGGAGACGGAGGCUCAUGCAAGAUGACAAGUGCGUGGGCGUCGCGUACAUGGCUUGCUGCCUGAUUCCUCAUGAAGUGACGAGUGUUAGUCGUUUGCCUUUGGAGCACAAGUCUAGAAGAAGUGGGGUUUUGAUGAUUGAGGCUUUUCGCUUUCUCCCCAGGAUCCCUGCAGCAGCAGCAGCAGCUGCAGCAGCAGCAGCUGCUGCUGCUGCUGCUGCUGCCGCUGCCGCUGAUGAUGGGGCCGAUGCUCCUCCCCCUUUGGGCUCGUCUUCGCCUGCUGCUGCAGCUGCCACGAAGCAGAAAGUACGCAAGCAGCAGCAACAACAAAGACCAACAGCAAACCGUAACCCCCUCCAAGCGUCCGCACCCAGCCUCGCAGCAGGUGCAGAAGCAUCAGCUGCUGCUUCUGGGAAGCUCCAGCAGCAGCAACAGCCAGACAACUCUGCUGCAGCAAACCAGCAAACAGGCUGUAGCAGUCCCUUUGUGGACCUCCUGGAGCUGUUUGACUCCGCAGAAGAGCGGCAGCAGCAGCAGCAACAGCAGGAGCAACAGCAGCAACAGGAGCAGCAGCAGCAACAGCAGCAACAGGAGCAGCAGCAGCAACAGCAGCAACAGGAGCAGCAGCAGCAACAGCAGCAGCAACAGCAAACAGACCAGGAAAAGGCAAUUCCACACGACAGUCAAAUUCCUGCCGCUGCUAACGGCGAGGCUUUGCAGGAGCUGAUGCUGCUAGAGGGAUCGCUGCAGCAGCAACUGUCUCUCCAAAAGCAGCAGCAGCAGCAGCAGCAUCAGCAGCAGCCUUCCGUGCAACAAGAGGGAUCACUAGAGCCGCAGCUGCCUCUGCAGAAGCCGGCAUAUAUAGAGCAGCAGCAACACAAGCAAGAAGAGUCGUCGCUGAAUAACCGGGAGGAGUUGCAGCAACUGCUUUCACUACAGACGGAGCAGCAGCAGCAACAACAGCAGCAACAGCAGCAACAGCAGCAACAGGAGCAGAAGCAUCAGGAGCCUCCUGUGCCGAAACGGCACCCAUCAGGACAGCAGGAAGCUCCACCCCUUCAGAAUGAACAGCAGCAGCAGCAGCAGCAGCAGCAGCCUCGUUCCUAUGCAGCUCUGGAUGCCCUUUUCUAUGCGGACGUGGCUGCCCAUUGCAGAGACCCCGCGACAGCAGCAGCAGCACGAUCUGCUGCUGCCGCUGCUGCUGCUGACUUGCCCCCUGCUGUGAGGCAGGAGUUGCUGCAAAAGAUAACUCAGUCUCCUCCGGAGCUGCAUCCGCUGCAGCAGAUGCAGCUGCAGCUGCAGCUGCAACAGGAGGGCCAGCAGCAGCAGAUAGCAUAUGGAGCCCCUGCACCAGUAGAUAGAGGACAGCAGCAACAGAUGCUACCCUUGGGGGCUGCUGCGUCUCUUUUGGCGGACGGACCGCAGGCAGCCGCUGCUGCUAGUGCUGCUCCCGCUUCUCCUGCUGCUGCUGCUCCUGUCGCUGCUGCUCCUGCUGCGCCCCACGACGCUGCAGAGACGGCUUCCGCAGUCUCACGGGGUGUGCGGGGGGAGGCUUACCCUGAAGAUACCGGCAAGAAGCUUGACGCAGCCACAGCAGCAAAUGAAGCAACAGCGGCAACUGCAGCAACAGCACCUGCAGGGACGACCAUACCGGCUGCGGCAGCAGAAGCACUUCCAGCAGCAACACAGCCACCGCCAGGUGCAGCACAAGCUGCAGCAAGCGCAACAAAUGCUCAAGGCGCAUCAGCUCCUGCUGCAGCAGAAUCGCCUGCCGUGGCUCCUCCUAGAGAGCAUCCCCCCGCAGCUGCACCUGCUGCAGCUGCUUCUGCUGCACUUGCACCUGCUGCAGCUGCUUCUGCUGCAGCUGCUCCUGGAACUGCUGGAACUGCUGACGUUGCUCCGGCUACAGCACCAGCUGCACCUGGAGCUGCUUCUACUGGGCUUGCUGCUGCUUCAGGUGCUGCUGCUACUGCACCAGCUGGUGAUAAGACAAUAUCUAGCGAAUCAAAACAUUUAGAGUCAUCCGCGAAGGAAUAUGAGGACAAGGGAUUGCAGCAGCAGAGGCCAAGAGAGGAGGAGUGGCAGCAGCAGCAGCAGCAGCAGCAGCAGCAGGCCCCUCGGUGGCCGGCGGGGGGAGGCGUUGAUACUGCAACUCCAGCAGCAGCAGCAGCAACACCCGCAACAGCAGCGGCAACAGCAGCAGGAGAUACACCUGGAGCAGCAGCAGAAAACGGCGACUGGCCACCACCCCGCAGGCCUGCGGCGUGGCUCCCCACGCCUCCUGUGGGGAAUUUCGUCUUCAAACAGCAGCAACAGCAGCAGCCGCAGCGGCAGCAGCAGCAGCAGCAGCCACACCAGCAGCCCUACCAGCUGCAGGCUCCGCCCUUGUCACACCAUUUGUACGUCCAGCCGCAGCAGCUGCAGCAACAACCACACCUGCAGCAGCACCCGCAGCAGCAGCAGCAGCAGCAUCCGCAUCAGCCGCAGCAGCAGCAGCAGCAGCCGUCUGGAGUCCUUUUCCCUCCAGCUGCUGAGCAGCAGCAGCCUCUGCCACAACAGUCGGUGCCACCGCAACAGCAGCUGCAACAACAGCAGCAGCAGCAGCAGCAGCUGCAGCAGCAGCAGAGCUUUCCCCAGCCUAUGUGGCCUCAGCAGCCGCACCAGCUGCAAAGCGCACACCCGCAAGCGCCUCCGCAGCUGAUGCAGCAGCAGCAACCGCAGCAGCAGCAGCAGCAGCCACAGCAGCAGCCACAACAGCAGCAGCUAACGAAGAGGCUCUUUAGUGUCUUCAAUCCAUUCCCCGAAAAACAACGCCCACAGCCCUCACCCGGAGAGCCAGAGCAGCCAACGGUGAAUGCGCAGCAGCAGCAGCAGACGCAGCAGCAGCAGCAGCAACAACCACCAACACACCAACCGCAACAAAUGCCGCCAGCUCCUCCUCCGCCGCCCCACCAGACACAGCAGCUGCAUCAACCACAGCAGCAGCAGCAGCAACCACAGCAACAGCAGCAGCAGCACAUUCCGGAUGGCGAGAAGAAGCGGACCCUCUUCACGCUCCCCUUCCGGCUGCGUCGCGGCGCAGGAGGCAGCAGCAACAGCGGCGGUGGUGCUACUGCUGCAUAUACACCUGAAGCUGCUGCAGCUGCAGGUCGGCAAGCCUCCGAGACCGGAAGAGGAGAGAAGCCAGCCGACUACGGGGAGCAGCAGCAACAACAACAGCAGCAGGCAGAGCAGCGGGUGGCGCACUAUUGGCCAUUUGGAGCUCACAGGGAACCUGCAGAAGCAGCAGAAGCAGCAGCAACAGCAACAGAUUCUCCAGGAGGCACUCCCCGUCUGUCAUCCCACUGUUUCCCUGCCGAGUUUCCUGAGUCUGUGCCUGCAGCAGCAGCAGCGCCAGCAGCAGCAGGGAAGCCUGCUGCUGCUGUGGCUGUUCCGCAGUUCCCGGCUGCAGCAGAUGACGACCCUUUUGAGUUUCACUUUAAAUCCCCUGUCUCUGCAGCAGCAACACCACCGCCAGCAGCAGCAACAGCAACAACAGCAGCAGCACCAGCAGGAGCUAUCCGUUCUCCAUCGCAGCACCGCCGCAUGUGGUCGCCAUUCCCAAGGCUCCCCGAUGAGCCGCAGGGCGAAGAAGACGAGCAGCAGCAGCAGCAGCAACAGCAGCAGCAGCAGGAGUCACAGGAGGCAGAGCAGUGGUGGGAGCUCUCCGGACGCGAGAAAGUUCGUGGAGAGACGUUUAACAGAGGAGGGAGGCAGAAGCACCAGCAGCAGCAGCAGCAGCAGCAAACGGAGUCACGGCGAUCGCCAGCGUUGCAGCGGGACCUGCAGCAGGACCGCCCGCAGCAGGAGCCAGAGCACAAGCAGCAGCAGGACGAGUCGCAGCAGCAGCAGCAACAGCAGCAGCAUCAGCAGAAGGGGGGAGAUCAGCCACUGCAGCAGCAGCAGAAGCAGGAAAGCGAUGAUGUGCAGCAGCACAUGCACUCUUGGCAGCGCUCUGUCUCCUUCAGCCCUUUACAGUCCCAUGAUGUAUCGGAGGAGCCCCACACCUCGCGCGCUUCUCCGUUCAGAAACUCUGCGGCUGAUGCUGCAGCGGAUGCUGCUGCUGCUGCUGCACGAGGCACUGCUGCAGCAGCAAAGCAUGGGAAGAAGAAGGAGCACCAGCAGGCGUCGCGCAAAUCCAAACACCACAAAAGGACUGCUGCUGCUGCUGCUGCUGCUGCUGCUGCUGCAGGUCAAGGCACACAAGAUGAGGGCCUCCCUACGGAGUGGGAAGAGGCCUGGUGGGAUGCUGAGGCAGCAGCAGAAGAACCAGACGUAGCUGCUGCAACAGAGCAGCAGCAGCAGCAACAACAGCAGCAGCAGCAACAGCAGCAGCAGCAGCAAGAACAGGCGUUGGCAAAGAUGCAUGAACGAAGGCAGGCGGUUGAGGCACGCAGCCCUCUUCAGGGGAGUCACUAUGCCACCAUCUCAAAACCGCAGCAGCAGCAGCAACAGAAGCAGCACCGCAGCAGUAUGCAACAGCAACAGCCGCCGCCUCAAGUGCAGGAAUACGCUAGCCUGCAGCUGCAGUACCCCUCUCAACAACUCCAGAGUCUGCAAUACCAACACCAAGUCCAGAUGCAGCAGCAGCGGCUGCAGCAGCAGCAGCAGCAAAUGCAGCAGCAGCAACUGCAGCAGCAGCAGCUGCACCUGCAGCAACAGCUGCUGCCAGGGCAGUCGCUCCCUUCGGGAGAUGCGCAGCAAACUCCGGCCUUCGCGCUUCCAAUGGGGAACGUAGUGAAAGACUCGCAGCAGCCGUGGCCUGUGGGGCCGCUGCAGCAGGCUGCUGCUGCAAAUAUGCAGCAGCAGCAACAACAACAGCAGCAGCAAUACCCGAAGCAGCACCAGCAGCAGCACAGAUACCCGCCAGCUGCGCCGACCCACCCAAACGCUUCUUCCCAGACAGAGCACCCUUACGCGGCUGGGAUGCUGCUGCUGCUCCAUCAGCAGCAACAACAUCAGCAGCAACAGCAGCUAGAGAAGCUGCAGCACCAGGGGCCGAUGCAGCAGGAGCUCCCGUACCCUGGAGCUCCGCAUGCACUGGCGUUUGCUCCGCAGCAGCAGAUGCAGCAGCUGCAGCAGCAGAUGCAGCAACCGCUGCCGCAGCAGGUGCAGCAGCAGCAACAAGUGCCGUUGCAGGAGCAGACGGAACAGCAGCAGCACUACCUGAAGGAGCAGCGAAGCCGCCAUCGGCGACGCAAACAUCAGCAGCAGCAGCAGGAGCAGCAGCAGCUGACGCACCAACAAAUGCACAUGCAGCAAGCAGCAUACCCGCAGGCACUACUGCAGCAGCAGCAGCAGGAACACCAGUCUCAGCAUGAGCAGAUGCAUCGACCUCCACAGCAGCAAGUUCCGCUGCAGCAGCUCUCCCAGCAGCAGCUGCAGCAGCAACAGCAGCAGCCGCAGCUUUCAGUGCAUUUCCAGCAGCUCGCAGGGCCUCAGGGAGGGCAGCAGCCGCUGCAGCAGUUGCCAGCGCAGAGCCCCUGGGCGCAGCAAUUUCAAAUGGCCCAACAAGUGCACCAGCAGCUGCAGCAGCAUCCGCAGCACAUAGUGCUUCAACAGCAGCAGCCGCUGCUGCAGCCUCAACAGCAGUACCUGCAGCAGCAGCCGCUGCACCAGCAGCAACACCAGCUGGGAUGGCCUGCGUAUGUGGGGAAGGUUCAGGCGCCCAUGCAGCAACAGCUUCCGCCUCAGCAGCAGCAGCAGCAGCAGCUGUUGCUGCAGCAGCAGCAGCAACCAGUGCCCGUUAGCCGCAAUCCGUUUGCGCAGCCACGCAGCAACCGGUAUGCUGCUGGGGCGCAUGUAGGUGCUGCUGCUACUCCCUUUUAG